UCGACAAAUGAAUGUUUUGAUAGUAUUUUUUCAUCAAUUAAAUUAAUGAAUCGGUGCUAUUUAAGCUUGCAGAAAAGAAUGAAAAACACAAGUUAUAACAGUUCCGUGGUUCCGUCAAUCGGAUGCUGUCACAACAUCUGACAUUGUUGACGUAGCUUUAAACAGCUCUUGUGCGGGACAGUGUUAUUGUUUGGAAGGGCGUGUUGACCAGCGAGCAAUAAACUCAUACCAAAGAUGUUCAACCAAACGGACAAUCAAUACUGGGCAAAUCAGUCAGAGGAUGCUUAUGACGGUUUCAACGACCAGUCGCAGGGGUUUGAUUCUCAAGCAUUCAACGCGAAGGAAACGUUUUGGAAUGAUUUGCCGCAGUCGGACGUUAUAUAUCAGCAGCAGAAUCACUACGGCCUACCACCUUUAAUGUAUACAACGAAUUAUGGUGAUUUUAAUGGGACAACUGAGUUUGACGAGCUGCCACUGCUAGAAGAACUGGAGAUAUAUCCUCGGCGGAUACUGGAAAAAGCAAUCCGUGUACUAAAUCCCUUCCAGAGUUACGAUACCACGGCAGACACUUUAGACUAUCUGUUUAAAGAAACAGACCUGGCUGGUCCAAUCAUGUUCUGUGUUACGCUUGCCGCUUGUCUAUCUAUCUCGAACAGCAAAGCCCAGUUUGGUUACAUUUACGGUUUGUCAACAAUAUCCGUACUGGCCAUGUACUGUCUCAUCUGGCUAAUGUGCCAAGGGGUUGAAUGGCAUGUGACUGUAGCGGGUGUGGCCAGCGUGCUCGGUUACAGCAUGUUGACGGUCGUGUUCCUGGCAGUGAUUGGACUGUUUACCUCGCUGAACAACUUUUACGGUAUUGUGUUGGCUGGAACGUCCAUCCUGCUAGCAACGCUGUACUCGAGCCGAAUGUUUUGUCUUAUGACCGGUGAUCCAAACCAGCGGUACUUGUUAGCGUACCCAUCCUCAUUGUUAUUUACGAUCUUUGCUAUGCUUGUUUUAUUUUAACACGUGUCUUUAUGUUUAUCUACCAUCGUGUAAUGUAAUGUGAUGUGUUUCGUUUUUCGAAUCUCAAUACAAGAGUAAUGCUGAAAUUUCAGAACAAUUAAACUUUAAAAAAAUGAUUAAAUCGCUAGGGACAAAAAUGAUGAAUGAAAAAUGAGUACGGGCAUGCAAUAUAUCCGUUGUAUUUGGAUACUAUCCAAUGCCAAAUUACACUACUUUAUUUGCCAUCCACUAAUGAAAUGAAUCCCAACUCCAAAACGGUCCCCUUUUAUACUCUUAUUUUAAUGUCUAUUUAAAAUAUUUAAUUAUAAUGACUACUUCGAUUAAACAUCUAUUUAAUUGAUUAAUGUGAUUUUACAA